AUGCCACCACCACCACCACCACCGAUAAAACCAACUCCCGGGCAAAACUCCAUCGCGUUAACUCGAGUGAAGCAGUCCUUAAACUCUUAUUCUGACUUAUUCUCCGAGGAUAAGAAGAACAACACCAAAUCUGUCGCCGUGUUGAGCUUGACGCGAUGCGAGUUGAAACUCUUCCCGAAAUUUCACGACGAACACGAAUACAUCUCCCCCGGGCACGCGCACAACGCGACCAGAUGUCAAGUGGAACGAACAACAAACACAGCAUCAAUGAGUCGUAAUUUUUGCACGGCGAUUAUUGCCAACAGCGGGAGCGUGUUUAAACGGAACGUAAAGUUUGCAAACGAGACGGCGGCUUUGGGGAAGACGAACGCGAGCAUUCCUCGAGACGACGACGAAGAAGAAAACGAAGAAAACGAAGAGGAAGAGGAAAAUGGAAAGAAGAAACGAAAAAGAACGACAACAACAGAUGAUAGAAAACAUCGAAAACACGAAACAGAAAUGAUUGAAGCGUUUGAAGGACAGGAGUACGAAAUCAUGUGCUUGAAAAUUAGAGAAGUAGGAGAAGCGGGAGGACAGACGGAGGAGCAACGCGUGGCGACGGUAGACGCGACCGGGAGGUUGACGGUGUGUAAAGUUCCCAAGACGAAAGUUGCAGAUGAUGAUGAUGACAAGGAAAAAGCGGAGUUGUUAUAUAAAGCGACGCCGAAGAUGUAUAAAGAAUGCGAGACAUUCGAAACGCUUGGCUCUCCAGGUUGGGCUGGACUCUCGUUUUGUCCUCUCGAAGAAAACAACAUCGCCGUGUGCAAAUUGUGGACUCGCACGAUCGAUUGGUUCGAGCAAGACCGAGUCGUUCGAACGAAUAAUUUGUUAGAGUCACCGACAUCUAUCGCGCACAUGGAAACGCCACAUUCUGGACGCUCGGUUUUAUGUAUAGGAGAGAACAACGAAGUGGUCGUGUACGACCACAGAGUCGAUAAGAAGAACGGCGAAGUUGGUCGCGUGAAGCAAGUCGCAAGCGACAACGCGAGGCACCAAAUCCAAGCGUUGGAACCAGCGAAAUUUUCUGGCAAUUCAGUCUUGUGCUGCGCUGGGAAAGAGAGAACGGUAUCUGUGGUCGAUCCGAGAAAAUGGACGGCGAGGUACAGGUGGAAGAAUUGCGCGAAAUACGAAGUCACUGGAUUAUACGCGCCUCGCACAAUCGAAGGCUUCGUGUGCGUCGCGUCGUUGGAUUAUGAAAUUUUAUGCGGCAGUUACGAAAAAGGGAAAUUGGGUGGCGGGUUUACGUUUCGAAACGACGCGAGAGUAGUUGGCAUUGGAGGCGCAAAAUUUGGAGAUAAAAGCGACGUCGUGUGUACGUGGACGGAUACGGGAAAGCUCACCGCCGCAAAGAUUUCCGUAGCAUCAUCGGUAUCGACAGAAGAAGAUUUAAAAGUAAAGUAG